AUGAAGACCAUAUCAACCAGUACUUAUAUCCGGCUUUGUUCUCAUCUAGCUACGCGACACGGUCGUUCUCUGGGCACUGAUCUUAGAUACCGACUGCCUCGCACACCCUCUACCAUACACUUUAGCACUUGUCUGCAGGUUCCAUACCAUCCUCGCUAUGGUCUCGUUAAUGUGUGGCUCCUACAGCACAUGGUACCGCCCGGAGUUCGCAAAUCAAUUUUUGAGCCAAUUUCUUCUAACCUCUAUGAGUUACGGGGGUUUCCUGCGGUCGCAGGGGUCCAUAUCGGGACACGACAUCUAGAACAAGCUGUGGCGGCAAUGGGACUCUGCCUUGAUAACCACCAAGUUGACAUCGGGAAAGCAACCAAAACAAUGCCUGAGAAGUUUGCUUCUCAAGACUGGUACUUCAUAGCGCCAAAUGAAUCUUCAGAAGUCUUCCCAGUCCAUCGCUCCACAGAGAUAGUCCACUCUAUUUCUGAUUCUGAUUUCCGCGUCAAGUUGGCCGAAUUUAUUCCUAGCCAUAUGCAUCGGGGUCACGCCCUCGACGCGAUCAUUGGUUACGAGGUGGCGUCUCUAAUGAGCGGCAGCGAAGGCCAGGAUGAAUCACCAGAGACUACUUGCGAUGGCUCAUUAACGUCGGAGAGUGAAGUUGGGUUCCGGUUUGGGACGAGAAAACGAUGCGAGGAAGAUGGAGUGGAGGACUCUCACCGAACGAAAAGUUGGGUCAUGGAUUCGGCGAGCCGACGCGCUGAUAUGAUUGCUACGGUCUUCCGAAGCGACGCCGGCCAUGUCGACCACCCUCGGAAGAGAAAGAGGACGAGAUCUUCCGGAGUGCCUUUGCCAAAUAUGGCCAAGCCAGAUUCUAGGGAAAAUGGACCUCGCGAGCCUCUAUAA